UCCGCUUUCUCAUUUCCGUACACAAAAGCUCUGCUGAUGACGUGUACACACUGCUUCGUCGUUAGCUGGCUAGCUUAGCCACCUGUCAGAGUACAAGGGAUAAAAUAAAAAGGAUAGGAAUACAACAAGGGACACAAGGCGUUUCAGCGAAUCCAUAAAAAUGGAGACGCUUUACCACCAGACCAACAAGCAAAUCCAGGAGGUGCAGUCUCAAAUGGGAAACCUGGAAAGGACAGACCGCGAAUCAGUUCACUUGUUAGAGAAUGAACUACAGGCUAGAAUCGACCAGAUCUUCACUCAUCUGGAACGCCUCGAGAUCCUGGCCAGUAAAGAACCACCAAACCGCCGCCAGAACGCCAAACUACGAGUGGAUCAGUUGAAGUACGAUGUUCAGCACCUGCGGACCGCCCUCCAAAACUUCCAGCACAGACGCUACACCAGAGAAGCCCAGGACAGAGAGAGGGAGGAACUCCUGAGCCGCACCUUCACCACAAAUGAUGCAGACACCUCCAUCCACAUAGACGAGACCAUACAGUUAAACACGAGCCUGCACAACGCACACCGAGGCAUGGACGACCUCCUGGGCAGCGGCAGCAGCAUCCUCAAUGGCCUCAGAGAUCAAAGGUCAACUCUCAAGGGGACGCACAAGAAGAUGCUGGAUGUAGCCAACAUGUUGGGCCUCUCUAACACAGUCAUGAGACUAAUAGAAAGACGAGCCACCCAGGAUAAGUUCAUCAUGAUUGGAGGCAUGUUGUUGACCUGCGUCUUCAUAUUCCUCGUCAUCAGAUACCUGGGCUGACCACGCCUAGGUAGUCGAUCAGAUGUGGACAUUUCAGGAAAACAUCAUCCCACAGGAUAUGAAAUUUAAAGUGAUUUUAAUAAAAGGUGCCAUUGUUUUCUUGUUUACUUUCAAUAAACUCACCACUUUACUUUGGAUACAUGCUAAACGUUUAGGCUGAAGAAGUUCUUAUCCAGACAGUAUUUUAUAGUGUGGAACUUUUCUGUUGAUCAGUUGGACUCUUCUUCAAACUGCUCCUGUUCUUUUUCUUUCAGAUUCCUAAAAUGUCCAUCAAUGUAUGAUUGAAAACAAGUCUGAAUGUGUAAAAACAUUUAUUUCAUUCUGUGAAUGUUUUAUUACCCGUAAAGUAAUCUGACAUCCACAGAUUCUUGAUGUUCAGAGUUGAAUAGUUUGAUUUCCCUGCCCAGCACAACAGUACUAUUAAAAUGUGUUGAAAAUGCUAAGCAGUUUCCUUAAACCAUGAGUUACAAUACCUGACAAUAGGAAAUCACCACUUAAUGAGGAUGUCUAUUCAUCUUAAUUUUAGAAAUAUUAAUCAUGUAUUAUUGAUGUACUAUUUAAGCUUUGUAAAAUGUCCAUUUUUGUUAGAUCAAGUACAGGAAAAUUUCUCCCAUCUCCGAAGUUAAAUUUCAUUUAACUUUAUGUUAAAUUUCAUUCAAUAUAAAAUGAUUAAAAUACCUAAACUUUAACUUUGUCCACUUUUAUAUUGGAGUUCAGGUAAGAGCAUCUCUUACCUGUAGAUAUUCAUUGCCCAUCUUUCAUGGCUGUCUGUAAGAUAGCAUGUCAUCUUUAUCUAUUUGACUGAACCACCACUAAUUAUAUGCUGUAACUUGUACUUGUUGAAAAGAUUUCAGGUUUACCAUUAUUUAUACUUAAUUCUCCACUUGGAAACAAUUUUAGGCGUCAUAGGAUUCAGUUUCAUGUAAUUUUUAACGGAUUUUAAUGUGACUAGGGCGCCAUCUGCUGUUUGCUGCUGGUACCUGCAGAAUGAUUUGGUAAUCUUGUCCAGAUGGGACUGUGAAAAGAACUGUAAUAAUGCAAUCAAAACUAAACCAUGAAAGAGAGAGAAAAAACAAACAAACACAUGGACUCAAAGUUUUAUUUGUUGAAACAGUUGUUUUUAAAAAUACAAGAGUCACAACUUUUUUUUUUUUUUUGACAUAACUUGUCUGGGAUCCCAGCCAUCCUCAGCAGGAACAUUUUAAGAACCAACCUUGAUAAAACACAUAUCCAUGUUGUAACUAACUUGUAAUUUCGUCUGCUUUAGCAACAGCAGUGUCAACCUUUUCAGAAUGUUAAUAGGUUAAUCUACAGCAUUUUUAUUUACAAAAUUACAGAAAAAAGCCAAACAAAGCUCUUCUUAUGAAGAGCAUUUGGAAAAUAAUUUAAAAAUAAAAAUACAAUUAUUGCAGUAUACUACAAUCUUAUUGUUACAUGAUGCCAAAGCACCACCCCAAUGUACAGAUUUCAGUGCAAUUCAUUCACACGUACCCUCCAAUGGGAAAACAGGAGCUUUGCGUCAGAGUAUUAGAGAUGCUAAAACCUCUGCCACAUUUAUGCAAAUUUAGAGGACUUCUUUUGUGUCAUACCAGUUUAGACACCAUAGUUAUUUCAUAGUCAUCAGUGGCUGGCUUCUUCACAUUACACACUGAAAUAUGUACAAACUACAGCAACACAAAUUAUUUUGAGACCAAGAAUUCAAUAAAGAGCAGGUAGUUAUAUGGGGAAAAGUGUCACAUCAUUAAGUCCAUCACAAAAACAGAGGUGAAGCUGUUAGUUUCUGUAACAAAAUCUAUGUCCUGUCUCAUGAUCCUCUAUAAAAUCUCAACCAUUAUGGAUCUCCUUGGAUGCCAAACUUGGCAAAGAUUAUGACCGCAUAAAUGAGAAAAAC